AUGAGUACAGAGAAACUAUUGCCUCCAACUACCUAUAUUGGUCCAACAGUAUCAAAAUACCUUGGAGCUCUUAAUGACAGAGUAUUUGGGCUACGAUUUGAAAAUGGAAAACAUUAUAUAAGCGAUUCACAAGUUAAAUUUAAUAAUGACACAAUUUUAAUCAAAGGGAAGGUUUACAAAGCAACAGAUGAUUUAAUGAAUCUCUUAACUCAAAAUACUGUUAAUGGUGAUGGAUAUCAUGAAGAAGAUUUAGAUACAUAUGAAGAUAUUUUACUAUUAACUAAUGCAAUAUUUCAAAACAAUGAUCCAGAUUCCAAGAAACCCAAAUCCGGUAUAGCUACAGGAGAAGAUAGUAAUGAAAAACAAAAUAUUAUAAAGUAUUUACAGGAAUUUGGAUAUCUCGAAGCAGAGUCAACAAAUAUUGGUGAAAUUUCAGAUAUCAAAAAUGCCUUAAUUUUAUUCCAAAAGAAGUUUAAUUUGAAACCUACUGGUGAAAUAGAUCAAGAAACUUUAGAUCUGAUAAACAAACCUCGAUGUGGUGUAGAAGAUCAUGCAGUAUCCUUAACCUCACAUAUUGCUAAAUGGAAUAAGAAAACUGUUAAAUGGUAUUAUGCAGGCUCAUCGAAAGGAAUGAAAGAAUUGAGUGAAAAUGCUUUUAAUACUUGGAAAGAGCAUACAGAUCUAAUUUUUGAAGAAGAUAGUUCAAAUUAUGACAUCAUCAUUUCAAAUAAGAGACGUUUGCAUAGGAAAGAAUCAAGUGGACAACAUUAUUGUCCUAAACGAUUUGAUGGUAAAUCAGGUGUACUGGCUCAUGCAAAUUACCCAAAUUCUAAUAAUGAUGUUGUAGAAAUCCAUAUGGAUCAAGAUGAAGAUUGGUACUUUAAGAUUGAUACAAAUACUCCAAAAGAGAAGAUAAACUUUUAUGCAGUUUUAGUUCAUGAAAUUGGUCAUACAUUAGGAAUUCCUCAUUAA